AACAGAGUACAGUGAGAGAGAGAGAAGGGGUAAGGAUGCUGAAGCUAGAGUGCUCGCUAUCUUCACCGGUGGCGGUUCAAAACCCUAACCACUCCGUUUCGAGCAAAGCUAGGGUUUUCAGCACCAACAGCUUCGGAUUCGCUCCCAAUUCGACGUCGUUUCGGAAGAGACGACUCGCCUUGAAAUGUCGUCAGUCCGAGUACUUCGACCAGCAGAGGCUCACCGCCCCAAAUCCGCCGAGCACCGCUGCUUCCGCUCCUCAAAGUCCCGCCGGAGCUAGUGCAGGGCCGGCUAGGUUUUAUGUGGGGCAUUCGAUAUACAAAGGAAAGGCGGCGCUCACAGUAGAGCCGAAAGCUCCGGAGUUUACGGCUUUGGAUUCGGGAGCAUUCAAAAUGUCGAGGGAAGGCUUUGUGCUACUUCAGUUUGCUCCUGCAGCGGGUGUGCGUGUGUAUGAUUGGAGCAGAAAGCAGGUAUUCUCACUAUCAGUGACAGAAAUUGGAAGCAUAGUGAGCCUUGGUGCGAAGGAGUCCUGUGAAUUUUUCCAUGACCCUUUUAAGGGGAAAAGCGAGGAAGGCAAGGUCAGGAAGGUCUUGAAGGUGGAACCUCUUCCAGAUGGAUCUGGCCGUUUCUUUAACCUCAGUGUUCAAAACAAGCUUAUCAACUUGGACGAGAACAUUUACAUUCCUGUUACCAGAGCAGAGUUUGCUGUUCUCAACUCAGCUUUCAAUUAUCUCCUGCCAUAUCUUAUAGGUUGGCAUGCAUAUGUAAACUCUGUGAAGCCAGAAGACAUGAGCCGUGUGAAUAAUGCCACUCCUAGGUAUGGAGGAGACUUUGAAUGGAGCCGGUAGUGAAUAUUGCAGAUGUUAUCAAACAAUGUUCUAAAAACUGCUAGGCGCUAGAACCGUUUGAACCUUGUUCUGAAACGUGCAAAUUAUGACUUUCUUUGUAACUGUACUGUAAUUAGGAUUUAGGGAAUCCUCAAAUUUUGUUAAUCAAUCGCUACUGUUUAUGAAGAAUCUAGUUAUGAAGAGUCUGACCUUUGUCCUUUCUUCUUCCGUAAGAUGUUAAUGCGAUAUUUCACAG